UCGGUACAUGGUUCCGGCAUAAUGUACAGUUUGGAGGAAGAUGAAUAAUAAUUAAGAAGUUGUUAGUGUCCUCAGUGAGACAUCGUUAAAGUACCUUCGUUUGUGAAGGACGUUUUUAUGAGAAAAAAUAAAUAGAAAGACCCUUUGCACAACGUUACUCAUCAUGGACACAUCCGGAUGCAAGCAUCUGUUUGACGGCACUCGAAUGCUCACCUCGUUUCAUUAGUUCGGUAUAAGCGGACUGCACGAACUACCUUCCAGCUAUGUCUGAGAAUUCGGAGCAACGAGCUCGGCUCGGUGCCCUUAUCGAGGAUCUGACUACGACGGGCCGGAGACAGCUGAACGAGGCCAGCCUCAAAGAGUUAAAGAAGAUAGCUCGAACUUCGGAUGAUCACAUCCGACACGUCUUCUAUCUGUUAAGCACCCAACUUGAAAAGGAUCAUGCCGAGAUCAGGCUGUCAGCCGUUCAAAUCAUCGAUCAGCUUUUCAGACGGUCCCAUCUGUUUCGCACAAUUUUACUCGACAAAUUUCAGAUGUUUUUAGAGCAGACCGUGGAGACAGAUCGCGACAAUCCUCUACCCCCGCCGAAAAGCGCUGCUAAAGAGCUUAAAAUGAUGACACUUCGUUUGGUGCAAGAGUGGCACAACGAGUUUAAGAGUGGAUAUAAAAGUCUCACGCUUGCGCUAAAUUACCUGGAAAACUGUCAACGCGUUGAAUGGAACUUUGUUCAAAGACAGGCUGAGACUGCAGUGACAAGUCAAGCAGACAUCACAGGCAGACGCUAUCGCGAGAACAUUCAGGCCGAACGAGCUAGAGUAAUAUGCGUCGAGGUGGAUAAUCAAAAAGAUGUUCUUGAAGGAAAUAUCAUCGAACUUGAAAACUGUAUUCAACUUUUGCUUCCAUCAGUUGAUGAUCCAUUUGAGGUUGUGUCAUCUCAGGCUGACUUAAAUAAACCGGGACCCAGUAACGAUGCGCCCGGCAGUCGCUCGGACAGACUGCGGUUACGGGGUAUACCAGCUAACUUCAACUUGGUCGUUGAAGUGGAUCGCACCGUGCGAAUAAUGGAGGGCCCAGAAAACACCGAUAUAAUAGCCAAUCUUAAGGAGUUCAGUCAGAUGUUAACGGAUAAACAUCUACCUCUCGUUCAGAAGUGGUUAAAGACGUUGAGCAAGCUCCACGGCGCAUCGACUUAUCACAUAAAGUACUUGAUCGAUCUCAAAGAGAAAAUGGAACGCCUUAAAUGUAAACUGAAUGAUCUAAAAAUCGAAACUCCAGUGCGUACAACAGGGCAGGGAGGAGAUACCUCAGACGAAGAUGAUGACUUUGAAGAGGUGGAGCAGAAGGACAUCGAGACAUUGAUUCCAUCCCACAGAAGAGAGGAAUAUGGUCUCAAGCCAAUCUCAGAAAAACCACCACUUCAAGCAAAACGGAAUGUUAUCGAUGAAACUACGGAUCCGACCUCAAGGGCAGCCCAAUAUAAAAAGAUCGUGGAGAGGUACUCUCAACAAGCUAAGCGAAAGCGAAUUGCAGAAUCUAAUUCGUUGUUGGAAGCACCAAAUCAUUAUAAAGAUAAAGCAGCAUCGUCAUCACGUCAGGAAAGUAAACCCGUCACAAGCAAAUCUGAUGCACCGACUGAAGAAAGGUUAUCAAAGUUCAUGGGAAUAACAACCAGUUCUGUUAGUGAAGGUACUAAAGGCAGUACUGCACAUAGUUUCAAGAAUGAUCGACCCAGAGCGAAAGAAUUUCCGCCAGAAACGGCUAUGGGUGACCAAAAUGCCAAAAAGAAUAACCGCAAGGAUCAACUGCUAAAGAGGGCCCCCAAAGUGAACUUCGACAUCGAUCUCAUUCAUUGGGAGGAUGAGAAGCUUGAGACCGCUGUUCAGGUGAUUCCGUUUGAAUCCCACAAUGGCUUUCAUAAGCCUCGUGAUGACGACCAGAUCAGCGCUCUACAGAGGAUGGCUGGUGAAGCGAGACUUCGAGAAAGAAAAAUUGACUUUAGUGGAACAUUUGAGCCAGUCCGGUGGAGCUGUAGAGCCCCACUGCCAUCAGGGCGGUUGUGCCCUCGGCAGGAUCGGUACAAGUGUCCGUUUCAUGGUCCAAUUAUUGCCCGCGAUAAAGUAGGAAAAGCCAGCAAUGACGAAGGUGCAGCUGACAGUCCUUCAACUUCUUCGGGUGACAUGACGUCACGAUCGGGUCUUUUAGAUUGGCAAGACCCAGGGUUGCUACGGGAUAUAGAAGCUCAAACUGGCAUUGAUCUACGAAUGCCUCCAAAAAGGGGGACUGGCCAAAAAAAGAGAAAGAAAAAGGGUGGCCUUACAGAUGUGAAAAAAGAAGAAAACACCGCCCGGCGAAGAUUAGAGAGAAAAGUCUUUAAUAAGUCAUCAGUGAUGCGAGUCGCAGCCACCCUGGAUGCAUUAGAUAGCCGAAAAUACGACGAUAAAUUUGGGGACCAAUGGAAUUACACUUAAAUAUAAAACUCACUUCCAAAAAAUAAAACUCACUCGCAGUAGAUUUUUUGGAAGUUCCUAUGUACAAACAAUUUAUAAUUAUGGCUUUCAUAAAAAACUGAUAGUAAUUUUAGUAAAUCUAUGUUCAUCCAUGUCAGUGUAUCAGGUAGAACCCUUGCAUGAUGAUGAGGAAUAUGAUUUCUAGGCAGGCCUAUUUGUAUUAAGCUAAUAAGUACAUAGUAGUAAUUUCAGCUUAUUAUUCUUCUUCUUUAGAUUUUGUUCAUUGACAUUCAAGUGUUAUAUACCGGUCUUUACCUUCUAAGCUCGCCGUCAUCGUCUUGUUCGGUUGAAGCGGACCCAAAUGUGCUUUAGGAUGUUCUUGAAUUUAUUUUAAAAAGGGGUAUAUCGGGUAGUGAAAAGCAAAAUGUUCGAUGUCUCCUAUUUGUUUCCGAUCCAAGUCAAAAAAUUGCAGAAACAACACAGGGUCGACGUCUUCUGCACAAAAAGGAUGCUAUAGAGGAUAAUAUUGCUCAAAAGUGACUUACUUGACUAAUAUAGUAUUUUCAAUCUAGACAAUGCGCUUACCUCGAUUUUUCAAACUUGUCAACGAGUAAUUUGCGCAUUUACAAAAAACUCAUAAAUAAUAAACCCAGAUAACCACUAAAUGUUUUUUAAUAAACUUCAUAUACUAACCAUAGACUCAGUUAACCUUUCAAUAUCAGGGAGAGAUUUUAAACAAACCAGGUAUCGAAAGUUUUGUGUUUUGUCAGCCAUCAUACCCAUCUUAGAUGAAAAGGUUUGUGAUUUGGGCAAAACAGUUCUCUAGCAUGGAUCUUGUAGACCAUAGAAAAAAGCUUUUAGAAAGUAUAAAACACUUGAUAAACAAUAAAUAAAAAAGCAAUUAACAAAAGUAAGCACGUACCAAUAAAAUAUCCACAUGUUUAUAGACUGUUUUGUUCAGUUCAGUUGUCCACUAUUAAAGCCAUGGUUGGCCGUUAAAUAAAUGCAUAUGGAUGUCGCAUUUACAGGCAUA